GCAUGUCUGCAGCGUCGCACCACAUUAGUGUGUGUUUAGUGUUAUGUUUUUUAUAAAACACUCAUCAGUAAUUGUUUAAAAGUAGCGAAAGUGAUUGACAAAGAAGAGGAGAAGCUGCUACACAUUUUACAAAAAUGAAGAUCAAUAUCGAGGGUCUGCUGGUGUAUUUUCCAUAUGAUUACAUCUAUCCUGAGCAGUACUCCUACAUGCUGGAGCUGAAGAGGACGCUGGAUGCGAAGGGUCAUGGAGUCCUGGAGAUGCCUUCAGGAACAGGGAAGACCAUCUCCCUGCUGUCUCUCAUCAUUGCCUAUCAAAAGACCUAUCCUUUGGAAGUGACCAAGCUGAUAUACUGCUCCAGAACAGUUCCAGAGAUUGAGAAGGUCGUGGAAGAGCUCAGGAAGCUGAUGGAGUUUUAUUCCAAGGAAACCGGAAAGAGCAACAACUUCCUGGCUCUGGCUCUUUCCUCCAGGAAAAACCUCUGCAUCCACCCCGAGGUGAGCUCUCUGCGCUUCGGUAAGGAGGUCGAUGGAAAGUGUCACAGUCUGACAGCGUCGUAUAUUCGUGCACAACGCCACAGCAACCCCGACCAGCCUAUGUGUAGCUUCUACGAGGAGUUUGAUGCAGUCGGCCGGCAGGUGCCCCUUCCUGCUGGCAUCUACAACCUUGAUGACCUGAAGGACUUUGGCAGGAGGAAAGGCUGGUGUCCUUAUUAUCUGGCACGCUACUCGAUCCUGCAUGCAAACAUCGUGGUGUACAGCUACCACUACCUGCUGGACCCCAAAAUAGCUGACCUGGUGUCCAAGGAGCUGGCCAAGAGCUCUGUGGUGGUGUUUGACGAGGCUCACAAUAUAGACAACGUGUGUAUCGACUCCAUGAGCGUGAACAUCACCAGACGAACGCUCGACCGAUGCCAGAAUAACGUGGACACGCUUCAGACAACCAUACAACAGAUAAAGGAGACAGAUGCUGCUAAACUGAAGCAGGAGUACAGGCGAUUGGUGGAAGGUUUGAAGGAAGCUAACGUUGCCAGAGAAACAGACGUCUACCUCGCAAAUCCAGUGCUGCCAGAUGAAAUUCUUCGAGAGGCCGUGCCCGGCACCAUUCGCACAGCGGAGCACUUCGUUGGUUUCUUGAGGCGUUUCCUGGAGUAUCUGAAGGCCCGUCUGAGAGUCCAGCAUGUGGUGCAGGAGAGCACCCCACAGUUCCUCAAAGACAUCUUCGACAAAGUCUGCAUCGACCGCAAACCUCUCAGGUUUUGUGCAGAGCGGUUGCAGUCGUUACUACGAACUCUGGAGAUCGCCGACAUCGCAGACUUCUCGGCUGUUACUCUCAUCUCUAACUUUGCUACCCUGGUCAGCACCUACAGCCAAGGUUUUACUAUAAUCAUCGAGCCAUUUGACGACAGAACUCCAACUAUUGCCAACCCCGUGCUGCACUUCAGCUGCAUGGAUCCGUCUAUAGCCAUCAAACCUGUUUUUCAAAGAUUUCAGUCGGUCGUCAUCACCUCGGGGACUCUCUCCCCGCUGGACAUCUAUCCCCGGAUCCUGGACUUCCGCCCUGUUACCAUGGCGUCUUUCACCAUGACGCUGGCACGGACCUGCCUCUGUCCUCUGAUUGUCGGCAGAGGAAACGACCAGGUGGCCCUCAGCUCAAAGUUUGAGACCAGAGAGGACUUUGCUGUGAUUCGUAACUAUGGCAACCUGCUUCUGGAGAUGUCGGCCAUUGUUCCUGAUGGCAUUGUGGCAUUUUUCACCAGCUACGUUUACAUGGAGAACAUAGUUGCGUCUUGGUAUGAACAGGGUAUCCUGGAGAAUAUCCAGAGAAACAAGCUGAUCUUCAUCGAGACUCCGGAUGCUGCAGAAACCAGCAUGGCCCUGGAGAAAUAUCAGGAGGCAUGUGAGAACGGCAGAGGAGCCAUCCUCCUGUCUGUGGCCAGAGGGAAGGUGUCUGAGGGAAUAGAUUUCGUGCACCACUUUGGCCGAGCGGUCAUCAUGUUCGGAGUGCCCUACGUUUACACACAGAGCCGCAUCCUAAAGGCUCGUCUGGAGUACCUUCGGGAUCAGUUCCAGAUCAGAGAGAAUGACUUCCUCACAUUUGAUGCUAUGCGUCAUGCAGCCCAGUGUGUGGGCAGAGCCAUCAGAGGCAAGACGGACUACGGACUGAUGGUUUUUGCUGACAAGCGUUAUGCUCGAGCAGACAAACGUGGGAAGCUUCCCCGCUGGAUCCAGGAGCACAUCAGCGACGGCAGUCUGAACCUCACUGUGGACGAGGCGGUGCAGCUCUCCAAGCACUUCCUGCGUCAGAUGGCUCAGCCGUUCAGACAGGAGGACCAGUUGGGUCUGUCUCUGCUGACUCUCGAGCAGCUGGAGUCGGAGGAAGUGCUGAAGAAAAUCAGUCAGAUCGCUCAUCAGACCUGAAGGUGACAUACGCCUUUAAUGCCGUCACCAUGGCGGUGCCCGUGAUGAUGACAGGUCCUCAACCUGUUAAAAAUGAUUAGAACCGGGGUUAAAAAAGCAGAUGCAACAUAAGAGUUAAUUUUUUUUUGCCUAAUGUGGAGCGCAGAUGUUUGUUGGUGAUCAACUUCACCAUUAAGGCUAAAAAUGAUCUGGUAUAACAAACAUAUUUAACAUUGGUUCAGCUCUGGUGGUUAUAGUGAUGGUGACUGCCUUUCAGUGUCAAACACCACCAGGAAAAAAAGCCAAAGCCACUCAUCAUUCAGUAUUUUGGGACACACACUGAGUCCACUGAAUAUCAGCAGCACAGCCUUUACAUAGUGCUCUGUCCACCGUCAUUUACUGUAGAUUUAAACAAACCUCUGAGAAUGUGACAGGAUUCAUUUUUUUAACUUAAUCAUCACUGCUCUAAAGUUACAAACCUGAAAUGUGUUACAGUGAUUUGUGCAAUUUUUAUAGAUGGUUUACAUGUUGGUCCUACAGUCUCAAACCAACACAAAACAGUGAUGAGGAUCAGUUAGGAAAACCACAAUUUAACCAAGAACACAACUAGAGCCUGACCGAUACUGAUUUUUUGGGGCCAAUGCCGAUAUUAAGAAGUAAAAAAAUCCCAAUAUCAAUAUAUAGCCCAAUACAUAUUCAUAAUAUAUACAAAAACUAAUUUUUUGCAAUCAUCCAUCAAAUGUGACUUAUCACUUCUGGCAAAGAUAUGUAAUAGAGGCUGUGAUAUUUUACAGUUUAAGAAUAAACCUUAUUCUGUAAAGUGACAUCAGUGCACAGAAAGAGUAAACCUCACUGGGAAUUUAAUAAUUAGAAAUAACUAUAAAUAUAAAGAGGCAAGUAUAUAAAACUCAAGGAUCAAGUAUACAUAAAAUGUGGCCUAUAUAAUUUUUAAGAAUUAAAAAUAUGCAUAUAUGCUGAUAACAAUAUAUCUGAGAUAGACCAAUAUCGGUCAGGCUCUAAACACAACAUUACACACGGGAGAAGGACUUUAUGUUGAAGGUCUUAGCAUUUUUUUGACUCAGUCAGGGCUCAAAAUUAGCACCAGACAAAUGUGGGUAAAAUACACAAGUGGCUGUUAAAAUUUGAGCACACACUAUCUAUUUAUAUAGUGGACAUUUUAAGUUGAUUUCGAGCCCUGAGUGAAUAUUUCCAGUAUUAUAACUAAUUCACAGACUCCCUAAGAGACGAUACUACAUUAAGUGCAACAAUAUUUCCAUUAUAAUGAAAACUUUUACUUGAAAUUAAACUCCUAAAAAAAGUUUUGUGCUAUUUUUGGCACAUCAGAGCUACUGUAGUCUGUGACAUAAAAAAACAUUUUACACUGUUUUUGCUUUUUUGUUGCUUAAAAUGAGACAAGCAGAUGUAUUUAAGGAUAAGUUAUAAAACAGUGUGAACAUGUUGCGUUAAAACGUUAUCCUGUCUGCGGCUGUAACAUCGGUCCAUUUAGUGUCUGUCAUACAGAUAUAGUUAGUCUACUUUUCUACCGCAACUGUACAUAGAAAUAUUUGUAUGUUUUUCAACCUGAAAAUUGAAAUAUAUAAAUGUUUGUAUAUAA